CACAGCAGGGGCAGAUGCAAUACUACGACCCAGCUAAUGCCCAGUUUGCGCAGUGGGCCUACCAGCAGAUGCUGCUCAACCAAGCCCAUCAAAUGUCGCAGAUGUCCCAACCGGGCAGCCAACGGAGUCGGAGUGGUGGAAACCCUUCUCCCGACUAUUUCGGUCAGAGCCCCAUACCCGGAUUCAGUCCCUUCCCCAGCGGCACGCCUCCGCCUCACCCGUCGCAGCUGCCGAUGGGCUACUCUCAAGGUCCCCCGUCGGAGCAGGGUUCUCAAUAUGGCGGUUAUCAUCCCUACCGCCGUCCACAGCGCCAUGGUUCCCAAAACCAGGAUGAUUGGCGUGCUGGGCCUCAGCACGCAGGUCCAUUCAAACCCCCCUACGCGCAUGCAGAUGCUGCGGGUUCCUCCACUUCGGUAAAUUCGGGCUCUUCGCAAUCUGGGAGCCAACGACAACGCACGAACAGCACGCAGGGACCCGCUGCGGUUGGUAAUGGCCCCGGCUCUACUCAUUCACAUACGAAAUCGUCGAGCAGCAACAGCAACGGCCACGGUAGAACAGCCACGUCCCCAUCCACGCCUCCCGCCCCGUCCAGCAACCCCGUCUCCGCCCCUCGCGUCCAUCAGCGCACGGGAUCAACCUCUUCUAACGCGUCUGCCCGUCCCGCUGCACCAUCACCCGCAUCGACGUCAUCAGCUCCGGCCCCUGCAAGCACCGUGAACCUGCGAAAACCGUCGCCCUUGUCUCAAGGCACAUUUACGGCAGCGGAGAAACGCAUGUCGCGUGACGAUAGCGAUCUAGCAGCGAUGCUGGAGCCCGCGGCCGGCGUGAGGAGCGCAGGCCUGAAAGGGCGAUUGCGUCGGGCGCUUUCGCUCAACGCGAGCAAUGCGCUUCGGGAAGAGGAGGAGGAAGACACGUCCAAGCUGCAGACCCCAAGACCUAGCCAGUCGAGCAUGGGCUCGAGUGCGACACUUGCCAUGGACGACAGCGACUCCACUGCGACAGUGCAGAAGAAGAAGUCGCGCUCGCUGUUCAACUCGAAGCUUAAUCGCUCGACCGACAACAUCUCGCUAUCGUCGACGAUGUCGUCGGCUUCGAUGGUCAUUCGGAAGCUCGGCAACAUCGGCAAGCUCGCUCGGAGAAAUUCGCUGGCUGGCAUCACGUCCCUGUUCAAGGACAAGAAGGACAAGGACGAGGAGGAGAGUGGCGCGGGGAAGAAGAGCAAGAAGAAGAAGGGCGAGAAGGCCGCCGUUGCUGAAGCUAGCGUGUCGCAUGCCACCGCUGAGGUCGAUCGUUCGGACUGGACGGCGAGCCCGGAGAUGGCAGGACUCAGUCCGGCUGCGAGAUUGGCGCGUCAGCACACCCUCAAGACGAACGCAGAGGCUGCUGCUAGGGCCAAGGCCGAAGCCGAGGCACGCGCUGCGGCUGCUGCUGCCGCCUCGAGCUCGGGACCGGUACCGACAACAUGGGAGAAGAAUACGACUACUCGGCAGGGCGAUGCUUCCCCCGCUAAGCCCGGCAGCUCUUCACGGGUCGGCGAGAACGGGACGCGUGUUGUCGUCGAGCACGAUGACUCGGAUAGCGAAGAUGGGCACAGCGACCUCGGGCACCCCAAUCACGCCCAGAACUACAGCAUCGAGGGCUGGGAGGAUGACGAAGACUGGAAUGAGGCGCACGAGGAGGAGGACGUUACGAUCCGUCAGGCUCUUGACAACGCGAGUCUGGAGGAGGACUCGGAGAUGGAGCCGUGGGCAAUCAACGUCCGUCGUAGCAUCGAGCGGACAUUGAAGCCGGCGAAGGGCAUUCUGAAGACGCGACCAGAUGGCAGCGAGUACUCUCAGGACGCCUACCUCCCACCGAACCCGGCGUUCACGCGCAUGCGGUCAAACUCAUACGACUCGGCGCAGCCGAACUCGGAAGUACCGCCCCUCGGGCAUCUUCCGCAAUCGGAUCCCGCCCAGAUCGACGGGAUCCACAAGCAGCACGGCUCGGCGAACGGUCACUCACCACAGAACUCCGGCUCCUUCCUACCACCGCUGUCGUUCGACUCGAACGGCUUGGCUGUCGAGUCGCCGAAGCAUGAGUCCCCCGUCCACACGACAGGGCCUUCUGCGGCGGACAAGGUGCUCUUCAGCCACCCGAACUCGUCUGCCCCGGCGCUGUCACUGCACUCCGCAAACGCGCCCACCCUCACCCAUCGUUCUCAGACAGCACCGUCGAAGCGCCUUGCCUUUGCGGCUAACCUGUCUGUGUACGACACCUUCCCGGCGACGGUAUACGAUCGACGAAGCGAGCCUGCGACGUGGAGCCGACUGACACCAGCGCUGGCGCAACGCAUAAAGGAAGAGCUUAACUCCUAUAAAAUGGAGGAAAUGGAGGUGCACGCGGCCAGUCGCGUUCAUACCCAGUUUUUCGUAUAACGCUGCGAAUAUGGUCUGGUCGUCGUCGUAUUGUCGCUACAAUCUUUGCUGUCCAUCUUCUCACACUUGGCGAAAAUACGAAACCACAGUCCUAGUCUAGUGCCCGCAACACCUCUCCCGUUUUUAUUAUUCUUGCACACGCGGUUUGCCUUUACCCCCAUUCAUCCCACUUGUUCGUACCUACCAACCCCAUCCCCCAUCCCCUAAACGUCUUUCAACAUUCACCCUACGUAUUCGCGCACGACCCCCGGCUUUUUGGAUCGAUUAUCCGCGGUCUCUGAUCUCAUCCAAGUUAUAGUAUACCCCUCAAUCCUCACGUGUAAUACUAUGACGCACGUCGCUCGGUCCCUACAGUACGCAGAUGUACGCUGCGCCGUACGUCGCCCCACCCGCAUCUUUCUACUCUCGCUCGGCGCACUACUCCCACUAGUCUCUCGUUCCCACUCUCACUUUAUCUCACUCGCUCGGUCACAGUUCCUGCAUUCGGUCGCUAGCGGUACAUUGACGGACCUUCUGGGAGACAAGUCUUUGCCGCCGCGCGACCGCCCCCAUAGCUCACCAGUAGUACUACGUAUACACACUCCCCCUCGUCUCGCUCGCCCCGCCCCGCCUGCCGUGUUCGUGUCGACUACGGUACCAUCGCUGCAUGCUCUCUCAUGUCUCCCCCCAAUCCCGCUCGUUGACGUCGCUCGCUGGCUGAUGCUUCCUCGCGCACGCACCCACG